GCCCUACCAAGCCGAAGAGCUGUGAUCUAUUCAGACUUCCUCUCUCUCUCUCUCUAGCUCACUGCCACAAUGCAACUGCGUAGGAAUACCCAUUUCUCAAACUCGACCGUAUAAAACUUGCCGUAGUCAUAGUGCAUACCUGUGAACCUAGCGAUCCUGUCUGUUUUUGUCCCCGGGUUUUUAUUUCGUUGCCAGGUCGGAUCUAGGAUGAUGUAUGAUGCGGAUAGUUCGGAAGAGCCUUCAAGGUGACGCUAAAGCCCGAGACCCACAUCUGUCACAUGAAUCUCACCCAUGGCCUGCCUGUGUCACCCCCGCCGCUGCCCGCAGCAGCAGCAGCAGCAGCAGCUUCCGCGGUUCACGCUUCUCGAGGCCCGCCGUACGAAGUCCCGUCGCUUCCCCCAGCGGCAUCAUCCGCGAUUCACGCCGAUCCCCGCGCCGUUCCUGGCGGCGGUCGCCGUCGUUGCGAUCAUCUCCGCCGUACGAUGGCCCGCGGCGGAUCAUCCGACGGCCCUUGUAGCACUCCUCGCACAGGCGGAGUUAAUAUCCGGCAUGUCUCGUCCUGACGGCGGCCUCGAACACUCAAUGUCGCUCCUACGGACAUGGGAGCGCGUCUUUGGCCUGUCCGCGGACUCCCCUUUCCCUCCCUCCACCAUCUCCGUUCCGCCCAACAUCCCCCCUCCCCCCCACCUGGAGCACUGCUCGGCGCGCUCAGCCGUCCGCCAGGCUGCAGAGCGCAGGGAGGAGGGCGGGGCGCUCCCCCCAUGGGCGCAAGAUGAUGCUGCUUGCGGGAAUGUCCCCCAACCCCCCUGGGUGCGAGGGUCAGAUUCAUCGAACCUGGCGUCCACGCGCGUGGCUCAGCGAGACAUCUGGGCGCAUCAGUUCCCUCCUCCCUCUGCUGCUGCUGCUGCUGCUGCUGCUGCUGCUGCUGCUGCUGCUGCUGAUGGUGGUGCUGGAGGUGGUGGUGGUGGUGGUGGUGGUGGUGGUGGUGGUGGUGAUGGUGAUGUGGCUUCGGCAGCAGCUGCUUGUGAAGGGAAGAGGCUACUUUUGGUCCGAUGGCCGGAGGGUGCCAUGACCAGCAGCAGCAGUGGGAAUGUGAAUGGGAGUGGAAGUGAGAGUGGGAGUGGAAGGGCAGGCAGAGGGUUGUCGUUUGAGGUGUUGGCGGGUCAGCUGCAUGGCAUGAGCCUGGCUUUAAGUGCCGCCAUGAGGAGUGGCCGUGUGCUCGUGCCCAUGCCAGGGACCUUCCAGCCAGCAAACCACUCACAGUGCCAAGCCCUGAAUGCCUCCGGUUCGCUCCACUGCUACUUCUUCCGCUCCGUCUCACACGCGUGCGAGGCAGCAGCUAUGCAGCAAUACCAGGCGGCUGGUUCCCCUCCCUGCAGGAGUCUCUCUCAGCUGAGCACGCAAGAGCUGGGGUCGAAUGAGACGCUGCUGCUCUGUGCUGUGGCGAGCAACAAUGUGACUUUCACCGCGCCUCCUGACAAUACCAGUGCGAGGGUGUGGGAGGAUGCGUACAAGCGGCGGCCAUUCCUGGUGGAGCACCAAGGGGCGCUGCUCAAUGUCUCCCAGCAGCAUCUGCAGGCCCACUGGUGGCAGGCUCAGUGUCUGCGCUUCCUCCUCCGCUGGCCGUCCCCCUACCUCUGCCACAUGCUCAACCACGUGCGCAACAGUGCGCUUGGGCUCCAGAUCUCCACCCGCUCCACCGCCUUCCUAGCAGAGCAGCGGGCCAUCGUGGGCUCCCUCUUAAAGCCCAAGUCCGAGGCGGAUCAGGGGCUGGGAUUGAACCUGAUAAGCGAGGCGAGAAUGCUGAGAAGAAUGAACCUUUCGGCGCAUCGGAAUCUGGAGACGGACGCGUGGCCGAGCCUGGGGUUCUCCGGGUGUUUACCCCGGAGAAAAAGGGGUAAAGCGAUUGAGAGCUCGUCCCCGCUGGCUGUGUACCAGGGGGUGGGGAGAGAGGCGUACGUGCUGCGGCCAAUCGUGAGCAUACACGUGGCGGGGGAGGAGGGGCAGGAAGGGCAGGAGGAGGGGCAGCAGGGCGAGUCAGACGGAGGGCUAGAGGCAGGAGAGGCUGGAGCUGGUAGCAAUAGCAGUACUAGUACUAGUGGUAGUAGCAGCAGCAAUGGCAGUAGUGGGGAGGCAGCAUUGUCAGUGCCGUUGGUGUCGGCUCUGCUGCUGGCUUACCAGCUGAGGCGGCGAGAGCCCGGGCUCAAAUACGUGUGGCUCUCCACCGACCAGAAGGAGAUAAUCAAGCAGUUGUAUCGCUUCAUAGACUGGACGUUCUUCCACCCCAAGUCAUCCACUGACCCCACCUUGCCAGCAUUCGACGCCACCGGUGUGGCCUUGGCUGACCUUCUGGUUGCAUCUGAGAGUGACUAUUUUGUUGGGGCAGUGGUGUCUAGGUGGAGUCGGUUGAUUCAUGAGCUCAAGUCCACAAAUGGUCGCUUAUAUGCGGGAUUUAUGUCAAUAAACCGUAUGUGAUGUGAUUAUUGGCCAGAGGAAGUGUAAUUUAUGUCUCCAUAACUCAUAC